AUGUUAAGAAUACUCCGCAGAAAGAUAAUGACAAGCACAAUUAACAUUAAUGACUUCAACAUAGUCAAAGAAGGACGUGCCGAAAUCCUCACUCCUAAAGAAGAUAAAGUCUUCUAUAAUCAUAUCCAACAAUUUAAUCGUGAUUUAUCAGUCAUGGCCAUUAAUGCCUAUGCCAAUGCCCGUGAAGAAGAACAUGCUCGUAAAGAACAGAAAUCUCUUGAAGCGCAAAAAGUCCGUGAAGAAAAGAAGGAAACUAAUGAAACUGGAGAAGAAGAACAACAACAAAAGCCAGCUUUUAAAAAGAGAAAAUUGGGUGGAAUUUCAAUCUUGGAAGCACUUAGUGCUACUGGAUUGCGUGCUAUUAGAUAUGGACAUGAAAUACCUCAUGCUUCGAAAAUUGUUGCUAAUGAUUUAUUACCAGAAGCAGUUAAAUCUAUAACUAGAAAUAUUGAAUAUAAUAAAUUGACUGAUAAAGUUACUGCAAAUCAUGGAGAUGCGAUUAAAUUUAUGGCAUCUACAGAUGAAAAAUUCCAUGUUGUCGAUUUGGAUCCAUAUGGCACUGCUACUCCAUUCUUAGAUGGUGCUAUUCAAUGUUUGGCAGAUGAUGGGUUAUUGUUAGUGACAUGCACUGAUGCUGGUGUACUUGCUGGAUCUGGCUACCCUGAAAAAUGUUUUGCAUUAUAUGGAGGAAAUAACUUUGGUAAUUCAUACGUUAAUAGUGAAGCAAAUCAUGAGGCUGGGAUUAGAUUAAUGUUAAAUAUGAUUGCAAAUACUGCUGCUAAAUAUGGAAAAUCAAUUGAACCUUUAUUGUCAUUAUCUAUCGAUUAUUAUUUUAGAUUAUUCAUUAAAGUCAAAAGAAGUCCAAUGCAAGUGAAGAAUCAUGCUCUGGAAACCAUGUUAACGUAUGGAUGUAAUGGAUGUGGUAAUAAAAUAUUUCAACCCUUAGGUCAACGUAAACACAACAAGUAUCAAUAUCCAAAACUUGCACCAGGAUUGACCUCAUCUUGUGAAUACUGUGAAAGUUCUUUCAAUAUUGCCGGUCCAAUGUAUGGUUCAGCAAUCCAUAAUCAUGAGUUUAUAGAUAAGGUUUUAAAAAUCAAUUCCGAAGCUGAACAAGGGGUGUAUGGGACUUCUGAACGUAUAAAGGGAAUGUUAUCAUUAGCAAAAAAUGAAUUGGACUUUCCAUUUUAUUUCAAUUUAAGUCAUUUCCCAUCAAUCUUUAAAUCGGCCCCGAUCUCAAUUGAUCAAUUUGCAAAGGCAAUAGGUGCAUUAGGAUAUAAAUUAAGUCUUACUCAUACCAAGAGAAACUGUGUCAAAACGAAUGCUCCAUGGGAUGUUGUUCUCAAAAUUAACCGAGAAUGGGCUGUUGCAAGUAAUAAGAAAUAUCUUGAAGAAAUGAAAGCUAAGGAAGAUAUUAGCGAUAAGAUAAAGGAAAAACUUGAACAAUUAGAAAAGGAUAUUACUUAUAACCCAAAAUUAGCUAAAGAUUCAGUCGGUGAUAAGAUAAUGACUUCACUAAAGGGUACUGAAGAAUUGAAGAUUGAUUUUGAGACCGAAAAUGACCAAAGUAAACAUAUUGCAAAAUUGAGACAAUUGAAAAUGGUUAGAUUUCAAGAAAAUCCAAAGAAUUGGGGUCCAAAGGCUAGACCUUCAUCAAAGUAA